ACGUCACAUCCGGAACCUUCGAUAAGGGGAAAUUUAUAUGGUCGGACACAAAGAUGGACGACGUACCAGCAAAUGCAAACGAGCACUGUCCAGGUACACGGAGUGAGCAGGCAGGGAACUCUUCAUCAUGUCAGGGCUGUCCUAACCAAAAACUGUGUGCUUCUGGAGCUACUAAGGCCCCCGACCCUGCCAUUAAAGAAAUAGGAUCAAAGCUGGCGACGGUUAAACACAAGAUCCUCGUGCUAUCUGGGAAAGGAGGCGUGGGGAAGAGUACGUUCAGUGCUCACCUGGCCCACGCCUUGGCAAGUGACGACACCAAGGAGGUUGCCCUCCUUGAUGUAGACAUCUGUGGUCCGUCGAUUCCUAGAAUCAUGGGGUUGGAGGGUGAACAAGUACAUCAGAGCGGGUCAGGCUGGUCCCCUGUGUAUGUGGAAGACAACCUCGCUGUCAUGUCUAUUGGCUUCCUGCUCGGUAGUCCUGAUGAUGCUGUAAUCUGGAGAGGCCCAAAAAAAAACGGAAUGAUCAAGCAGUUUCUGCGGGAUGUGGAUUGGGGGGAGCUAGAUUACCUCAUUAUUGACACGCCCCCUGGCACGUCGGACGAGCACCUGUCAAUUGUGCAGUACCUAAGCGCCACCCAUGUGGAUGGAGCAGUCAUAAUCACCACACCACAGGAGGUCGCUUUGCAAGAUGUUAGAAAGGAGAUCCGCUUCUGCCAGAAGGUCAAACUGCCAAUCAUCGGAGUGGUGGAAAACAUGAGUGGCUUUGUGUGUCCAAAUUGCAAGAAGACCUCACAGAUCUUCCCUCCAACCAGUGGGGGUGCUGAGACAAUGUCUGCUAACCUAAAUCUGCCACUGCUCGGCAAAGUGCCUCUCGACCCAAGGAUAGCAAAAAGCUGCGAUGAGGGCAGGUCUUUCCUUAAUGUUAUACCGGACUCUCCUGCUGCUGAAGUGUACAAGACAAUUGUGGAGCGCAUCAAGGACUACUGUUUCAUCCAUGCCCCAGAUGAGCAGAACACUAUCUGAAGCAGCUUUUAUGGCAGUCCUGUUGGACAAAACUAAGACAUGAUUCCAUUUAGAGACCCAAUCUAGGAAUGACUCUCAUAGCCACCCAGUGGUUCUUUGUUGAAAUGUGAGUUUUCAUUCACAGAAUAUUUGUGGUCUGAAAAUCAAUCUGUCAAUAAAAAAGGCGUUUUAAUGUCAUUUACAUGAAUUUGUUACACUUUGUAAUACAGAAAUCGAUGAAACAAUACAAACAAGA